UCAUUUUUACUGUGUGGUUAAAUUUUAUACAAACCUUAAAAUUCUAAUUUUCAUCCAAUUUUUAGGGUUUUGUGGUAAAAAAAAUCCUUAAAUAGGACAAUGAGCGAAAUGGAAAAGGCUAUCGAACAAAAAUUAGCGGAUGCCAGGGCGCAAAGUGACAAGAAAGACGCAAAACCUAGUGACAACAAAGCGGAUGUAAAGAAGACUGCAAAUUCCGGGGCGACUGGAACAAGUGCAGCGAAAAAAGACGACGGAAAGGCAGCGCCGGUCGCUAAAAAACCUAUCAACACGGCCAAAAAACCGGCCGACGGUGGUAAAACAGCAGUGGUUCAGAAGACCGCAGGUGCCAAUGCGGUGAAGAAAGUCGCCGCGAAACCAGCAGCAAAUCAGAAGGCAACUCCCGGAACGAAGCCGACGGCUCCCAAGGCUAGCCCCGUUGCGAAGAAACCCGACGGGAAGGCAACGAAUCAGAAAGCAGCCGCAUCGCAACCUGGCCCAAAUGCAAAGAAACCCGUCGUGAAAUCGCCGGCUCAAAAGGCACCCGCAUCAGGAGCUGGUUCGCAAACCGGAUCAAGCCCAAAGAAAGUCGUCGCAAAGCCAUCGGCAACUCCGAAGGCUUCGACCGCUGGCGCGCAAGCUGGAACAAACGCAAAGAAGGACGAAAGCAAACAACCUACUGGAGCUACAAACAAAGUUGCAAGUAAAACGAAUGAGGGAAAGACAGUUGCCAAUGAUGACAAAGAACGGAAGGACACUUCAAAAGUUGGACAAAAAGGCAAGGAGGAAAAACCUGGCACUGCCAAAGCAGUUGAAAAAUCGGACAAGUCGAAUGGCAAUGCCGAUUCCAGUACAAAACAUGCAGAGAAAAAAGUGGACAAAAAAGAGACGCGGGAUGAUUCUGCUGAACGUAAAUCGCGCGGCAGUGACGGAGACCGUAGAUCGCGGAGGAGAAGUAGAAGCAAGUCCAGCCGGGAUCGAUCCCGGAGCCCUAUGAUUUAUAAAAGGAAUUAUAAUUACUAUGGUCGCAACUACGAUCCGAACUAUCACCGUCGUAAGUACGAUAGCCAUAGUUCCUACAGACGGUCCCCAUAUCGUGGAAGGACACGGUCCCCUCUUCCACCGCGCAGACGUUCACGAUCUCCACAUUCCCGGCGGAGUCCCUCUCCGAGAAGAUACGAUUCGCGUCGACGUAGCCCUCGCAGACGAUCCCGGAGUCGAUCGAAUCGCGACCGCAGUAGAUCAACUGAUCGUAUUGCAGAUCCCAAAGCAUUGCGCGCCAAGAAAAGCUUCCUGGAUGAUUUGGCCGUGAAGUUUGCUCAAGAAGGCAAAGAAUUCCCGGAACUGGAACAGUACCGGUGCGAAAUAAACAGCCAGUUCGUUCAAUAUCCCACGGUAAGGAAUCAGUUCUCCCGUCAUGCCAUGGAACAUUCUUGUGCGAGUACUGACCCCUACUUGGAUAUGGAUGUGUGUCCUCCUGCGGCCGAUCCUAUUGCCACUCCGAUAGUGUUGACCGAUCCCUACAAUGCCUAUCCAUUGUACCCGGAAGCACAACCACUGGUUUCCUAUCCCAUGCAAGUUGAACCAAUGGUAAUGCAUUCGUCGGCUUUGGAUAGUCCACAGCCGUCCGUAGAUUCGUUCCAGCAGGAUAAAAACAGUGUUGUUAAUUCUGCGGAGAUGCAUCGGAGUGCAGGGUCAAAACCUUCCGCACCGACAGAAAUCUGGACCAAACAGGAAGUGAAACUGCGUGUCAAGCAGGCCAUUAAACUGCUGGACGAUGCGGACAGCGGAAGAACAAAAACUGCAAAGUUCUUGUACCGUGCCCCUACCGUCCACGGAAAAGGAGUCAAUGAGGAUCGAUCUCCAGUCCUGAAGAGCACCAAAAAUCCGACUUUUGCGUUCAGUUGUCGAUCUGCUGAAACCAGCGAUCCAUUUGGAAACAUUCCUCGAAAGCUGAAACCUAUCGUUGAUGUGCUACGCAUGGACGAGGGACAAAUAUCUUACAGAAUCCUUCAGCGCCACCAGCAGAGGGAGUUGGCGCUGAUCGCCGAGAGAGAAAAAGUGCAGGCCGAGGAACGGGCUAGACGAUCGCAAGGAACGACGGCAGCGACCAGUACAAGCUUACUACAGAAGACCACCCAAACGGAUCCAACUGUAUGCACUGAUUGCUUGUUGCGUAAAAUAAAGGUCAGAUAUAACGGUGAAACACAAACCGAUGUUGUUCGUACUGUCGAUUCAAUUGCACAAACUAACCCAAUGCCUGUGCAGGCUGUUUCGGAGUUUGGCUCUAUAACCGAACUCACACCGAAUCAAGUGCGUGCGGUUAGUGAGUUGAUAAAGUACAUAAAAUUAACCGUAACCAGUGGUACAUUGACCGAAAUGCGGGAUUCCCUUCGGGACGAUCAGGUUUACAAUCUGAACAACGAUCUCCGAACGGCUUACGAUUACUUUGACGCAAUGGUUGAACACAAGAAUAGUGUUCCAUUGGAAGAUGACAGUGUGGUAGAGAACGUGCCGUUCGAUACGACAGACGAUUACAAUGAACCAGACACGUUUAUCGAAGAUGAAAAUUUUGCCAACGAUUAUGAUGAAAUUCACAAGAAUUUCUGUGACGACGACGAGGACGCUGAAUGCGAAGAUCUGGAAUCAUACAGCAACCCUCUGCUGCAAGGGCAACCAACAAUGUCUAGUUUUCAGCGAAACGUUGACACCAGGGACAACUUCACAAGGAGUACCGGCAACGCGUACGGAGGUUCAGGAGGGCAUUUUGGAGGACCCAGUAGGAGUUCGUACAAUCAGCAAUCGCAUGGCCAACGCGGCGGACGAGGAAUGAACAAAGGAUCCCACCCCGUUCCAUUCAACAGAAGAAAUUAAUUGGAUAAGCGAAAUGUAAUAUUUAAGAUUUUGAAUAACAUGAUAAAACUAAGUAGUUCAAAAAUAUGUGUUGUACGGCAAUGUAAACCAUCUAUAUCCUGGAAUUAAAUAUGAAUAAACUUCAAUUGCUGUGCAA